GCAUAUCUUUCCCAACAGGAAGUUUGCUUUGUCAUCCAUCUGCUUCUCGGAAAAGGCAUCAAUGAACUCAUGUUGUCAACAAGAAGAGGUGUAAGAGCUUUUCCGUCUUUCGUUUAGUCAGUGUGUCUCAGCGACAUCACAAACAGCUUUUAUUUCUCACAGCAGCGGAUCCCCAGCAUGUGCAGAGUCAAAUAAGCAAAGUGAGGAAACAGCUCAGUCCUCUGCCGCCUCUCAACAGGAAGGAACAGCUUCUGAAAUGUGACUUGCCAAAGCCUUACCACCUUUUAUCUUCAGUACCUCUUUAAGAGCCACGACAUCUUUUGUUCUAAGGAGUCUACGGAAAUAUGCUCUGCAUGCUGCUACAAAGGGGGAACUAGUGCUCAUUCUCCUUAUGCCGCCCCUCCUCUUCUGAAGAACAAGAUCCCCUUCAAAACCCAACCUCCCCUAACCUCUCUACUUUCCACGUUGUCUGCUUGGUUUUAUUUUGCCACAAACUGCUCGGAUGAGUGCAGGUGGUUCUCAGUGUGCUUGUUGAGACAGGACGGAGAGCGUAAGGUCCUUGCUGGUCAUGGGAUGCUGCAGCGUGACUCAGAGGCAUACGGGAGUGGACGAAGUGGGUCCAGAUGAAAUUGAACUGUUGGAACUCUCUGGAGACAAUUUGGGAGUAUGGAGUCUGAGCGAAAACAGAGUUCAGCUGUCGGUGAGGAACAGCAGAGAUGAGCAGCAGCUGCCAUGCACAGCCUCAGUGCGACACCUGGAGCAGGAGGUGGUGCUGUGGGGCAGGACCAGAGAUGAGCUCCACCACAGGAUUUACUCUCAGCAGCCGAUCAGGGGCUGGGAGGGCCAACCCGCUCAUGUCUACGGAGAGGUCAUCCACUCCUCUGUGGUGUCUCUCUACAACAACUAUUCAGAGGAGCAAAGUGAACGCUUCUUGUUGUUGUUCCCUUUUCACCUUUUAAUCCUCUCUCUGGAUCACUCCCAAGAAGACUUCAUUUACGAGGGUGUACUUCCUGUUUCUGGCCUGUCUGUUCAAGCCGUAUCCCUGCAGCUGGAUGUGUCACAUCCAACACACAUGUUUGAGAUCACCAGUGCAAUGAUGGACACCAAGGUGUUCACAUGUGCCAGUGCAGGAGAGUCACAGAGAUGGAUUCAGCACAUAGAAGACCGGAGAUAUGAGUCCAUGAUGCAACCCAUGAGUCCCUCCCAGUGUGCUCUCUCUUAUCUUCUGCCUUGUGAUGAAAACUGGAAAAGAGAGGAGCUGAAGAAAUAUCUAAUGCAGGCUCCUAUAUGGAACUGGGAGGGCUCACCCAUUCACCACAUGGGUCAGCCUGGACACAUCUCCAUUGUUCACAUCAUCAACACUCAAAGACAGGGUCUCCAAGAAAGACUGAUGAUUCUCUUUCCUCAAGAUCUCCUGCUACUUUCUGUGGACAGUAAGCGGCUGCAAAUAAAAUAUGAGGGCAGGUUGGCUAGACAGAGCAUCAAAGCAGUGGAGCGCUCAGCACUUCCUGGACGCUUAGAGUUUGAACUAAGAGGGGAGCUGCUGGAGACGCUGCAGGUCUCCUGCACCUGUGUGGAGGAUUAUCAGGCCUGGAUUUUUCAUCUGCAGCAGCCAGACAGAGACAGCCACAUUAUUAUGAGUCAGCCGCCUCCUCCCUUACUGCCAAAGCUGCAGAGGAACAGGAAGGAGUCCCAGGAGCCGAUUUUAGCAGGCGACCAGUGUCACAUCAACGGCAGGAGCUGACCUGCAGGUCUCAGGAAAAUCUUUAAAACUGGACUGUUCAAUACAAAUCCAAAUCAACUUUUAGAUAAAGUAUUUAUUACUUGGAUGUUUGCCAGGAUAAGGGUGGAAAGUUCUUGUCCUAAUUUAGAUAUAAUUCACUGAGUUGAUUAUUUGUAAGUACCGGAAAAGAAAGUCUGGUCUAUUUCAUGUGUGAACAGACUGAAACCAGGUCAUGACCUGGUUUAAGAGGAAGGACGGUAAAUACAUAGAGCAGAAAGCCAGGGCUGAAAAUAUUGU